UUUCCUAUUGGAGUUGACCAACAUUGGGCAUGUGGCCGAUAAAGUGGAAUUUGGGUGCCACAGGUACUAAAAGAAAAGAAAAAGACGGUCAGAAAGACAAUGAUGGGGAUAAAGGAAGUAAGAGGGAAAGAAAAUUCCACAAGAAAUGGCUAGAUGAUUGGAAAUGGCUGGUCUAUGAUGGAUAUAUGAUGUUUUGCAAAAAAAAUAUGGAAAUAAGCUGAACACUGUUAAGUGGACACAUGUUUGGAAUUGCUUUUCUGACAUGGGCAUCCAGGACAUUCUAACUGUUAUGGACUUACUGCGUACACUCCCUGCCACUUCUGUUGUCAAUGAGGCCUCCUUCAACCAGAUGAAAAUGACCAAGACAAACAGGAGACAGCGUUUGAGUAACAAGCACCUUGAUGAUUGCAUGGUUAUUCAGCUGGAGUCGACUGAUAUUUUGAACUUUGAUCCAACAGAAGCAAUUAAUAAAUGGAUGACAUCAAGUAAGCAGCCAAGAAGAUUGACCUACGCUAGAUCUACUUGCAACAAGAACAGCGAACAACAAGACGAAGACAUUAUGAUUCAGGAAGUGACACAGGAUGAGGAACCUAGGAAUACAACAGUUGCUGAAUCGGACCCUGAGACUGCAGAUGACUGUGACUACGAGACGGACUGCGACUCUGACAACGAACAGACAGAAGACUUUAAUGACAGAGCAAUUGAACAAACUGUGCAUGAAAUGGAAAUAGAAAUAAAUUAUUAGUCCGAUCUAUGUUAAUUUUAUCUCUUUUUAUUUAAAACAACAAUGUCCGGUAAAUUUCACAAUUGUCCGGUAAAUUUUGAAUAUUUACCGGACAAUUGUCCUACAGAUUUUUUACUAGUUUCGGGAACUCUGCAAAAC